AUGUUCUGUUUCAGAUUAGUUCGACGAGAGCUUCGGUGUGGUUGUGGACGCACAAUUCGCGGAAUAUUUUGCUUCGAUAUUUGUUUGGAUAUUGAAUAACAGUAAGAGGUGGUUUUCAGAUUGGUCCAGAGAAUAUCCAAUAAAAUUAAUAACUUCUGAAAUUACUGAUUCUAUAAGCAUAAAACAGAGAAAAAUAAUCGAGUUGUUGUUAACGACACAGAUAUUAUUUGUAUUAACGACAAAAGUGUACGUGUUUUUCUAGUGGAAAAGUAGAACAAGUGUGGAUUGUGUGUGUCCGGUAAUACGGUAACAUAAUAAUGAUCGGUGAAAAUUGCAUAGGAUAUGGUAUAAGUGCGUUUAAACAAUGAACUCAUGAUUCGUCGAAAUGAGGAAAAAUGGAACUGGGCCAACAACAACUGGCACAACAUGGACCGAAACGCACAAACCAGUCACCAUCAAUCAUUAUCAACUCAAACAAAUUUGUCAAUUCAAAUGGCACACCAUUGUUUUUACGAUCUUGGUGGUGAUUUUAAUGUCGCUGAACGAGGUACAGUCCACUGUAUCUGUUACAAACCGACUGGCAAGAAAUGUGCAAAAAAUUGGAGCUCACAGCGACAAGGAUGCUAUAGACUCAUCGCUGCAAAUCGUUCACGACAUUUCGACCGAAAACUUUGGUACUUUAUGCCUUACAGUAAUAUCAUAUCGCUCAUUAAAUAUAGCAAUAAACCCGGAAAGAUAUGAAGGAUCGAGGCAAAAGGUCGAUUUAGCUGCUGUGGUUUUGCAAGAAGUUGGAGUAAAUCGUCAUGGCGGUCUUCUUGACGCCUUGGCCAAAGGCUUGUUAUCUGACGAAUAUAUUACGAGUGCACGUAUACUUGCAACAAACAUUACCAAUGGUAUUCUUGGCACAUCGGUGUGGUGGGUAAAGAAUGUAGGUGGUUUAGGUGGACCACGUCGCAUCGAAGAGGAUGGCGUACAAAUCGGAACAAAGCCAAGUACGAAAUAUCCGUGGUUCGAAGACGAGGACUCUUCACCUGGUCUUCGGUCACCAAAAUUCGUACCCAGUCCAGCUAGCACAUCAUUCAAAGGCUGGUGGACAUAUCCAUACUAUUCAUGCGGUAAUCGUCGAUGGAUUCUGUCUUACAGUGUUGCCAUUCCACCAAUCGGAAUUCAUGGCAGCAUGAGAGGAUUCCUGAGCAUAGACAUCGACAUAUCUGAUUUGCAUAUUAAUCAGUGCGAUUUACCGAUCCCCCGGCCGGUACCAUCUCGUCCCAAUCAAUUAUCGAACCAUGAUGAAGUGUUCAACGAAAUUGAUGUGUUUCACAAUUUCCACAAGUGUCACGAAGACAGUAUGCAGUGUGAAUAUCGACAGCUUCGAAAUGGAUUUACUAAAAAUAACUUUGUUACCGCUGGAUGGACACGUGGAGCAUACCAGUGCAUGUGCAAAGCUGGAUAUUAUUCGAUUCGCCAUCCGUUUGGAUUUAACGGCACAGUAAUGGAGAUAGCUUAUCGUGAGUUCCAAGAUAAUAUCAGCACAUAUUAUGAUACGGUGUUUCGGUGUCAACGUUGUCAACCAGGCUGUAUCACUUGUGUCGGUCCGACACCAUGCCUUGCCACAUAUAAUUGGGUUUUUCGUAUAUCAUUGCUAACGAUUUCGGUGUUAUGUGCGGUAUUUACGCUGUCACUAGCAUGCUACAUGUAUAGGCAUCGUAAGGUGAAAGUAUUUAAAGUUGCCAGCCCGAUAUUCUUGACAAUAACGUUACUUGGCUGUGCCAUCAUGUAUCUGGAGAUGGCUGCCAUAUUUCCAAUUUUGGAUGUUUAUAGUUGUAUUGUAACGAAGUGGACCCGUCACAUGGGAUUUUGUGUAACGUACACUGCUCUUUUGAUGAAAACAUGGAGAGUGUCGCUAACAUAUCGUGUGAAAUCAGCACAUAAAGUGAAAUUGACCGACAAACAACUACUGCAAUGGAUGGUUCCAAUCCUACUUGUAAUGCUUAUUUAUUUAGGAACAUGGACUCUUUCGGCAACACCAACGGCUGAAGUGAUUAAGGAUAAACAUGAUUUGAAAUUUAAGCAAUGUUCGUAUAAUUGGUGGGAUCAUAGUUUGGCAAUUGGAGAAGUGUUGUUUCUGGCUUGGGGCAUACGUGUAUGUUACAAUGUACGAAAUGCUGAAUCACUAUAUAAUGAAGCUAGAAUGAUUUCGUAUGCCAUAUACAAUAUUGCCUUGGUGAAUAUAGCAAUGAUUGCCUUUCAUUUAUUCAUAUUUCCACACGCCGGUCCCGACAUAAAAUAUCUUUUGGGAUUUAUACGUACCCAGCUAUCCACAUCGACAACAAUAGCUUUGGUGUUUGGACCCAAAGUCGUACGUGUUUUACGUGGUCAGGGUGAUCAAUGGGAUAAUCGAGCUAAGGUUCGUGGAAUAACGGCAUCAUUUUCAUUGAAUGGCAUCGGAUUGGUGCAAGAGGAUUCUCCAGACUUAUAUCAAGAGAACGAAGAGUUGAAGGAAGAAGUUCAGAAACUUGCGGCUCAAAUAGAAUUUAUGAAAAUCGUACACAUGGAAAUAAAUAAUCGCCACAUAAAACCGAAACCAGGCGGUUAUUUCACAUUGGUGGCGGGAUUUCAGAGUCCUAUGACGAAGGGAACAAUGGCCCAAACGCAAACCAGCAAACCUUCGACGCAACAAAAUAGUGGAGUCAGUGAAGAUGGCCAUAGUGGUACGAAUAGCAUAGGGGCCAAUUCAAUUGGAUAUCCAUCGGUACACGCCGGUCCCAACACAGCCAACUCAAACGGUACCGAACGCGUCUGACCUGUGUCCCGAAGUGGACAGGAUUGCUCAUUAAUUUCAUCAUGUGGUGCACAAACAACAACUGCUUCCAAUUCGAUAACCAGUGAUUCAAUCAGUAAAUUAUUGGAUGUAAGGGUUCCGAUUUAUGUAUAGGAAGUAUAACGAAAGAGUGUUUAUCCCGUAAGGAGGAUAAACCCGAAUAGUACGGAGAAGAAAAUAAACAAUAUGUUCAUUAUACAACAUAAACGGUGUUAUAAGUAUAGAAAAAUUAUGUGUUGCCAAUUUCCUAAAACAAAAAAAAAGUUUAAAAAAAAACCAGAAAAUGGGGAAAACAAUAAAUAGUUUAUUAUAUGUGUCGUUCAAUAAUGCAAACAGUAUAUGAAAGAAUGAAGAGGAAACAAAAAUGUAUAAUUUUCACUACUGAAUUAACUACACAAAAAAAGCAAAAGAAAAUAUUUUUUAUUUCAUGUACUCAAUUUAAAAAUAAAAAGGAAAAUAUUUUAUUAAAACAAUUGAAAACAAACUGUUGGUUGAACCAUUUUUGAAAUUUUAUACAGCAAAAAAAACAUUUUUAUGAUAUGACUUUGUGACAUUGUGGUUAUUAUGAUAGUGCUAUCCUAUUAGCUCUACAUGUACGUUCUUUUUAAAAGGAAAACGACGUAAAUUGUGUUGUUACAAUAUGAAUAUUAUACAUUUUAUUAUAUACAUCUAAUCUAUUAUACAGAAAAUCUAACAGAAAACUUAAUUGAUUAAAAAUACUUCGGUUUAAACGGCUCAACAAAUGAGAUAAAAUGUUAAAUGUUGUACAAAACUAAUUCUUUGACUAAACCAAAUAUUGGAGAUACACGUACGUACACAAAACUUUACUAGGCGUUAUUCUAAAAUAUGAAAAUUCAUAAAUUCAUCAUGCGUUGCUGUCAAUUUUUCAAAAAAUUAAAUUGAAUCACUGUAAAUAAUUCGAUAAAGAAAAUUCUAUUUAUGAUACAAAACCGUUAGUGUUUUCCAAAAACCGGAAAAAAAUUGCAAUUAUCAGAAGUUACGACGUACAUGGUGAGUGGUUUCUCAUUACUGUUGGUGCUGUGACCUAAUUUCCUUUAUUGAAAGGAAAUGACCGCAGAGACACUUAAUCAUUACAUUAAUUUUGCCAAGUGACUAUUGGCACCCGGUGCAAAUAGCAAUUGAAGACUGUUGGCAUCCUGGAAAGGCGUUUUAUUCGAUCGUAAUUCGAUCGAGAUUGAUUCGUUCUUAGGGAUUCAUCCCUUUACACAUUGUAUAUGAAAAGUGUUUCACCGUAUUUGCAAAAUGCAUUUUUCUUUACACGGGUGCCGAUAACCAUUUUAUACUAUUUCCACCCGGUGCCAAUAUCACUUGCGUUAAUUUUGUGUAAUGGACAUUUUUGAAUCAAUUUUCUAGUUUCAAUGGCCACCUCGAUAACCGUUAUUUAGGAACAAAAUUUGGUUUGGUGAAUACGGUGUUCUCAGGCGACAAAUUCAUUUUUACAAGCACAAGCAUAUUUUUACAGGCAUAUUUCCUAGAAUUAAAUGUUCGAAGUUUCUUGAAGAUUCCUUUUGACAUUUGUAACAAUUUUUAUGAGUUUUCAAGAAUUUGAAUAGUUCGAAUAAUUGAAAAUAGAUCUUGGCACAAGUACACUGGUAACUGGUACGUGGUACAUACACAAUGCCACAGCAUUCUUUUUCUAUUAAAAAUAUAUUUACAACAGCAAGCUUUUAAGUAUAAUUCAUGAACCUGCAGGUUCGUUCAUAUGAAAUCACUAGCAACUUUGCUACUAAAGACCAUCAAUGUUAUUAAAUAAUGAGAAAUACACUUCACCAUAAACAGAAAAUUAGGAAAUGCAUCUGAAUUCCAACUUAAAAAUUUAUUUUAUCGGAAGACGAAAGUCAGUUACUCAUAUCCUUUCACAGACCGCACAUAAAUCAUCAGUAUGGUUAUCAAGUCUGUUACUUCUUUUGAUGUAAGCAUUUUCAACAUGUUGAUGCAUAUUAGAUCUUGUACUUCAUUAGUUUUAACAAAUUUUGUCAUACUUUCUGCUAGAAAAUUUUGUCGUUGCUGUCGAUAACAGAUGACAUAGCCGUCCGUGAAAGGAUAGAAUUGAUGAUUAAUACUCGCAAAUGAAAAUAACUUUACUGUAGAAUAUAUAAACCGUGAAUUGUUGAAUAUUUGUAAUGUUGGUAUUUUUACAAAACUAUUUUAAUCUACAAAAAUCGCUUUCCGAUAAAAACAGCGCUACAAUAAAACGAAGGAAAAAACUUUUUUUUAAAAUAAGUAAAUUGUUCGAUGUCUAAACUAAGAUAAUUAAAUCGUCCACCAGAAGUGUCACCCUUUUAUUAUUUCGAAAGAAAAAGAGUUACACUUAGCGAAGCUAUAAUAGUCCCAACAUAUCAUUUACUAAUUUUGGUUUUACUACCUUCAUGAGUUUUGAUACGGAGAGAUCAUCAAAAUAAAUUAUACAAAAAAAAGAUAAGGAACAAACGAACAAGCAUGGAAAGGGCACAAGAAUACUGAGGAAAAAAAUCUGUUGUAUAAGAGCAAUAAAUCGACCACAUCGUGUAAAGCUUUCAGAGUAAAAAUUCUGUCGACUUCGGGAAUUUGAUAAUAAAUAAUUUUGCAUUUAAACAAAAUAUAUGAAUUUGAUCAGUCACGUUCUGUCCAUACAACAACGGACGCGGAGAACAAAGAAAAAAAUUUCAUCUCAGUUUAAGAUGCAAAUUAAAAUUAUUUUAUUUUUAGUAAAAUUUGCAUGAAAACAUAGGAAAAAAUAUUUAAAUUUUUACAAACUUUCUACUUUCUAGUUCUAAUUCUAAUUAUAACAUUCACUUGUCAAUCUUAUCGAUUUUUUAUAAUGCAUCAAAGCAAGAUCUUUUAUUGAUUAACAUUCACUUUUCAAUUUUGCAAUGGAACAUAUGUUUAGCGAAGUCUUUCAUUGAUAAAAUUUGGUA